UCAUUUACGUCGCUUUUGUUCCCCUUGUCUCGGGUCGCGGCUGUUUCUCCUUUUUCAUCUGUGUGUAACUGUAGUGUUGUCGCUACGGGAGGCUCUACAUACAUUAUUCCUGUCCGUGUCUAUUAAAAUCAGGCGUAUCACAGAAGUAGGAUCAUUUGGGCUUUACGCCCCCCAGCGCAUUUUGUCGCCGCAAGCCCGGAAAAACCUGAAGAAGAGAAGACAAGACGAUGAGCGUGCGAUCCAAAAUCCGAGAACUCAAGCCCUCGUCGCCGUCCAAUGACUCCCGCAAGGCCCACCAAACCCUAACCUUGCCGGCGAUUCUCUCAACGGCGAGGAAAUUUUCUCUAGUGAAGAAAACCCUAGUCACGAUGUGUGUUGUCUUCACCAUCUACGCCGUCUUCACCACCUUCUUCACCCCAACAGCCACUUCCAAGCUCGAGCCGUCCUUCCCCUCCGACAUCUUCGGCUCGGCGGCUUCGAUCGCAACCGUUUCCCGCGAGAGUCUGCUCCGUAGCUCCUUUGGACAUCCUCCGGUGAAAAUUUACCUCUAUGACCUCCCCGAGAGGUUCACGUACGGAGUCAUCAGGCACCACUCUCUGGCCCGCGGUGUCCGACCAGUCCAGGACGUGACGACGCUCAGUUACCCGGGGCACCAGCACAUGGCGGAGUGGUACUUGUUCAAGGAUCUGCUCCGACCCGAAUGGGAACGGAUCGGGUCGCCAGUGGUCCGGGUGUUGGAUCCCGAGGAGGCGGAUCUCUUCUACGUGCCUUUCUUCUCCUCCCUGAGUCUGAUCGUGAACCCCAUACGGCCGCCGUCUGCGACGGGAGGGGAUAGUACGCCGGUGUACAGUGACGAGGAGACGCAGGAGGCGCUGGUGGAGUGGCUGGAGGCGCAGGAGUACUGGAAGAGGAAUAACGGGCGGGACCACGUGAUCGUGGCAUCAGAUCCCAAUGCAAUGUAUAGGGUGGUUGAUAAAGUUAAGAACAGCAUUUUGCUUGUUUCGGAUUUUGGGCGGUUGCGCCCUGACCAGGGGUCACUCGUCAAGGACGUCAUUUUGCCUUAUUCGCAUCGGAUUAACACCUACACUGGCCAAAUCAGCGUCGAAAAUCGCGACACUUUGUUGUUCUUUAUGGGCAACCGAUAUCGCAAAGAGGGAGGAAAGAUCCGUGAUUUGCUUUUCCAACUACUUGAAAAGGAAGAGGAUGUCAUAAUAAAACAUGGAACUCAAUCCAGAGAGAGUAGGCGUGCUGCUUCACAUGGGAUGCAUGCAUCUAAGUUCUGUUUGAAUCCUGCUGGUGAUACUCCAUCAGCCUGUCGGCUUUUUGACGCCAUAGUUAGCUUGUGUGUGCCAGUGAUAGUCAGUGAUAACAUUGAGUUGCCUUUUGAAGAUGUUAUUGACUACAGAAAGAUUGCAAUAUUCGUAGAAACCUCCACAGCUUUAAAGCCAGGGUUCUUAGUCUCAAUGUUGAGAGCAAUAACUCAAGAGAGAAUUCUGGAAUUUCAGAAAGAGCUGAAAGAGGUGAAUCAUUAUUUUGACUAUGGAGAACCAAAUGGAACGGUGAAUGAGAUAUGGCGCCAGAUUGUACGAAAGGUACCGCUAAUUAAACUAAUGAUUAACCGUGAGAAACGGCUGGUCAAGAGGGAUUCAAAUGAACCUGUCUGCUCUUGUGUCUGUUCGAACCAGACUGGGAUUCUAACCAGCUUAUGAUACCUCUUUUGUCUACUAAUGGAAGUGGCCGUCUUCAUACCAGAUUAUUUGUCUUUGUUCAGGCAGGCCAGACAGCUAUACUUCUGUUGAUUAUUUAGAAAAUCUGGUAAAGUUUUCUGGCGAUGGGGAUGAAUUCCCGUGUCCCAUGUAAGAUGGGCGAAUAGUUGCUGCACAAGGUUCGUUAUUAAUUGCAGAGCUGAAAAUACAUGCACUUUUUUCUAUCCAUGGGCAUUUUCAGGUUAUACACGAGUUGUUGUAGAUGAUUUUAUUUAUUUAAAAACAGACUGAGUUGGUAAAUUGAUUAUUAUAUGUAAUUGUAAUUGUUUAUACAUGUCACAAAAUAAAGAUCUCAUUAUUCUUCUAA